CUUUGUUCCCUACACCAAAGCCAUUAAUUAACACACACACUUAUCAAGUAAAGAAAGUGAAGACAAUGAUGCUACCCAAUGCAAAACUCUCGACCACAACCUCAAAACUUCUCCCACCGCAUGUAGAGCCACCUCAGAUCAGCCGGAGACUCGCCGCAGGAGCCUCUCCGUCGCUGGAACUGAGCUGUAAAUUAUCACGCCGGAAUCUAAGUAAAUCUUCUUUGCUUCUACUCCUCGGUACUCAAACUACUCUGACGCCAUUUCUCAAUCUCUCUAAAGCUCAAGCAGACACAAUCUCUCCAGAAACCGACAUUACAACAACUAGUAGAGACAGAGUUCCGACAAAGAAAGCGUUCAUAGACGUAUCCAUCGGCGGAGAACCUGCCGGACGGAUCAUCAUCGGUUUAUACGGCGACGAUGUACCGGCGGGGACAGCAAGAUUCAGCAGCAUUGUAAGCGGGAGAGCCGGAAUCAGUUACCGGAGAAAAGAGUUCGUUAAGAUCAUGCCAGGCUACGUCCAGCACGGCGGGAUAAGGUCGUACGGCGCCGACGCAGAGAGAGCCACCGCGGCGGCUGGGAGUCUUCAGAGUCUUGUGGAAGAGUGGGAGAGAGGGAAGAGAGGAGAGAGAUGUAAAGAAGUGAAGGCGGGAAGCGUUGGGAUCGUGGUGAGGGAUCCGUUGAAGCCGCCGCCGAAGACGAAGCUGGUGGCGACUAACGGGAAGCUGGAGGUGCAGGAGGAGGAAGUAGCUGUGGGGCCUAACGGAACGGAGUUUGUUAUAACGGCGGUGGAUACGCCGGAGCUGGAGGAGUCGGUGUUGGUGAUUGGGGAAGUGUUGGAAGGGAUGGGAGUUGUGGAGAAGAUGAGGGAAGUUAAGACAGUGAGGGAUAAUACAAGUUCUCCUUACUUCAAGGUGGCUAAGGUGAUUGGAGAUAAGAGAGCCGUGGUGGCUGAGAGAGGGUUUAAUCGGCCUUAUACAAAGGUUCAAAUCACUAAUUGUGGUCUCAUUGAGUCACAAGAAUCUCAAUAGUCUCAUGCACUUUGGUCAAAUCCUUCUUUACUGUGAACUUUUUUGUGGUAUUGGGAGCUUGAGAUGUACUAAAUAAAUGUAUGUUUUGGUAUAUCUUCUCCACUGAUUAUUUUAUAUUGAUUAACUUCAUAAUUUACCUCAAAG